UUGAAUAACAAAUUUUUGUCGUAGUGUCUGUCGUGAUCGUCCUUUUACUAAUAAAUUGAAUUUUUAAUGUUUUAUUUUUUUUUUCAACAUAUGUAAUUAAUUAAUUUUUUACAUCAAUAAAGUUCACAAAAGAUUUUAUAUCGAUUAAAUGACAUUAAAUUUAUUGAUAUUUCAAAAAGUUCUUAAACAUGACUAAAUUUUACGAAAGUUUUUUAUUCGGAGGAUAAUGUGUAAAUUCCUCAUUGAAAAACAAGUCUGUAAACCAUCAUUUUACAAAUUUAAAGAUUGUUUUAAAAAAAAAAUUUAAUUUACUUUUUAAAAUUAGUAAAAUAUAAAUACAUACAUUUAAAGAAUUAACAUAGUAAAAUAUAAAAGGAUGAAAAUGAAAAAUUUAAUAUUUAAAAUAAAUAUUAAUUAAAGUUUUAUAAUUAUUUGGAAAAUUUUAUGUAAAAAUAAUGGCGCCGAUAAAUAGUAAUAAAAAUCCUAACAUUCCUAAAAAGCAAACUGGUACUGUUCCAAAAUUUGCACCAAUUAUGAUGCAAAAUAAUGGUUCAAAUGGCCUGGCAAGAGAUCUUGGAAUAUAUUCACAAUCAUCGGUAUUGUCAUCACCAACAUCACAACAAACACUACCUCAGCCACAACAACAACAACAACUGCAACAACAAAAACCAUUAUUGCCAUCAAAAUCAACCGCACCAUCCAAUAAAUCAAAAUCUAGUGCAUCAUAUCGGUCAGGGACAUCUAGAAAAAAUACGGAAAUUGUAGCACCAACUAGAAGAGAAUUGAAUGAUUUGAAUGAUUAUUUACUUAUAAAUUCCACAAAUUUGGAUCAAGAUAAGCAACAAAAUAAUAAUCAUAGUGGUGGUUAUAGUCAAAUUGUUGGAAUCGGUGAUCCAAUUGAUACAAGUGGACAACAACAGCAACAAUUGCAACAGCAGCAGCAAUCACAACAAUCACAACAUUUGGAUUCGUCGUGCUACGAUAUAGAGAAUAUCAACUUUCAAGAAAAUCAACGUUUUUGCUAUCCAGUGAGACCAAUACCAAGACGCAGUGUUAAUAAAAAACAUUUACAGCAGCAAAAUAAUUUAUACGGUGAACAAAAUUUAAAUAUCUCAAAUACAUCUUCAACAUCAUCUUCAGCAGCUGUCGGCGUUGUAAUACCAACAACUCCUGGAAAUCCAGUAGGCGCAAUAGCAUUACCAAUUUCAACAUCAUCUCUAGCUGAAGACAAUUAUAAUAUAUCUGGUAUAAAUAAUACUAGUCGCGUAUCUUCAAGUACUACUUAUCAAAAUAUUUUAUGUGAUUCGCAACAAGUUACAAGCGCAAACGAAAGCAAUAAUUUAAUUAAUAAUUUGCCUAUUGAUAUAAAUGGUGAUUUAACUUGGGAGGAACGUCUUAAUUUUAUUCAAUAUUUUCUUUCAGUUACUUCAAAGUUAAGCAAUCAAAAAGGUUCAAAAAAUCAAUACAAUAUGGUUAAUGAAACAGGAGAAAGUAAAAGUGAUGAAAUUUUUGUAAACUCUACAAGUUUAGAAGAUGUCGCACAAAGUGAGUCAAGCGAUCGCGCUCAUUCUGUAUCGAGUAUUCACACUUUAAGUGGUGCUGAGCCAUCAACUCCAAAUUACGAAGAAUUACAACAGAGACUUGAAAGUUCAAAUCGGAACAUUCAAAACAUAAAAGAUCAACAACAGCAGCUAUUGCGUCUUCAGCAAGCAGCUAAACAGCAUUUAUCUGACAUGGAAGAGCUUCGUAAUCAAACACCAAUACGUUUUAAUGGUGAAGCAAAUGGUAGUGAAGCUCCACCAGAUUAUGAAUCCGUUGAACAAGUUCAUAAUGAUAUGGCAGCUUUAGUUAAUCGUAUGAAAAAUUUACAAUCUUUUAUACAAAAUCAAAAUGAACUAAGUGCUUCGUUGGGUGAAGAUAGCCCAGAUUUAUUAGCUGAACAAGAAUUAUUGCAAAGAAAGUUAAACGAACUAAAAUCUCAUCGAGCAGAAAUGAGAAAUUUAGUAGAUGAAUUACAAAAUAUAAAUACAACUGCUGAAAAGACAAUAACGCAACAACAACAAGGUGUUGAAAAUCAUCAAACAGAAAGUAAUAAUUCUGCGAGUGUAAACGGAGGUGGAGCAACAGCUGCUGCACCUUCUAUACCAAACAGAAUAGUACCUAUUGAGUAUCAACGAGUUGUACCAAUUGAAUUAGUUGGGUCCAAGAAAAAGCAACCAUCCAAUCGAAUUAAUAUCCAACAGCAAAAUGGACAUACUGACACUGAAGAUGAUAACGAUAUUGAUAAUGAUGAAAUGGAUCCAGAAACGGCUAAUAUGAUAAAACAAAAAGUUGCAGAUAUAAAUACCAUGAAAAAGCAACUACAACGUUUAAAAGAAAUGAUGGAGACAGUGAGACUAAUAGAAGAAAAAAAUGAGGGACCUUCUCCAAAAGAAAUUGGUAGAGAAGACAUUCAGUCAAACAAUAGUAGAAAUUCCUCCAAAGCACCACUAGAAGUACCAACAUCUUUGCAAAGAGAUUUCACAAAUACCGUAAAAAAAGCUUAUGAUAAACAUAAUGAUGAACAGACAGCUGAAGAAGCUGCAAUGAGUGAACGUGUUCGUUUACUUCAUGAAAUGACUGAUGAUUUGCGUAAUCAAGCUAUGAGUUUGACUUCUGAACGAGAUCGAUUAAAAGCUCUUCGUGAAGAAUUAAAACGUAGAAGAGAUUUUGAAGUGAAUGAAAAAAAAAAUUUUAACAAUAAAGAAAGUGAAAAUUUAACUGCUUUCAACAACACAUUACAACAUAAAGGAAAUAACACCAGAUCAGAACAGAGUGCUUUGGAAGUCGAAUAUGAGGAAAAGAAAAAGGAAUUUCGACGUCUUUGUGAACAAUUGCAAUCUGAAGAGGACUUAAAUGAUGACGCAGCUACUGUGACUGGAAAUGAAGACAAUGAAGAUUUAGAUGACGAAUCCAAUAAUCAAACAAUCAAACAAGAAAGAAAUUCUUAUACUAGUAACUGGCAAAGAAAUGCAACUUCGACAUCUUGCAACUCUUCAGUAAACCAAGAAAAGAAUUGUUCCACAAAUUCUGUUGGAGCGUGUGCAGCUUCAUCAAGUGUUUCAAAUGCCAAUGUUCCAAAUUCAUUAAAUCGUGGUAAGGAUUCGGCUGAUUCUGGUGCAGUUGAUGUUAAUACAAAUGGAGUGGCAGCCUCUUUGGAGGGUGGUAGCAUGCAAUCAGGAAGUUCAAGAAGUUAUAGUAUGCCACCCCCAAUGAGGUCGAUAAAUAAUCCAGCGUGGCGAAAAAACUCACAUGACCAUGGUCAUUUGCAUGGUCCUCCACCUGUCGGAUGUGAACAUUAUAUGAAUGGUGGUUGGAAUCCGUAUCCGUUAUAUCAGAACCCAUAUGGACAUAUGCAAUUAAGUUGUGGACAAUCGGGUAAUAAUGCAGAAUACGCAUGUUCCAGUCAUACAUGGAACAAUUUAGGAAUAAACACAUCGAAUGCAACCAAUGUGAACGCUAUGCCUAAUUCAAACGAUCCAGUUUUAUUACAGCAAUUUAUUCAAACUCAACAAAUGCUCAUAAAUUCUGUGUGUCAAUGUAAUCAGAUGUUAUGGCAUCAACAGAGAGAAAUAAAUAACUUAAAUAACACUGUUGUCAUGCUUCAAGAACGUAUUUUGAGUUCAACAUCAGAUUUGCAGCCAUUGCAAAGUAACAAUAGAUCUGAAUCAGUUCCUCCAUUGCCUCAAAAUAAUAAUAUAUAUGGAAUUGGCAUGAAUAGAGCGCAAUCCGACCAACCAUUGCACGCUUCUGUUACAGUUCCUGGACCUUUAUAUUCAACUUUACAGCAACAGCAACAGUCUUUGUCAACGCCAAUUUCGCCAAAUCGUCAUUGUCAUGCUUUCAAUUAUAACGCUAGCAAUAAUUUCUUGCAGCAACAUCAACGUCGUCACCAUAUUCAGAAUCAGAACGGCACAGCAACACAGCAAUCUAUGACUUCAGCUACAUCAAAUUUAACGUCAAGCUAUAAUUAUUCCCAAGAGCAUGCUACAGGAAACAUCUAUGGCAAUCAACCAUCACAAGUUUCACAGCCCGCAUCUGGGAAUAGUGCUAAUCAUAUGGCUUUUAAUAACGGACAGCCAAUGAACUUUUUAAAUAAUGAUCCCGCUCAUCAAAAUAGUCAUCCGGCUGGGCCAAUUUUUAUGCAUCAUCAUAAUAACAAUAUUGGUGGCAUAGGACAACAUCAACAUGCUGGAAAUAUUAACAACUCGAAUUCAAAUUUAUUGCAUCAAAAUGCUGCAAAUUCUCCAACUUCAACAACAGCAGCCUUAAAUAAUCAAGUUCCUCCGGGAACAAGGGCAAAUAAUUAUUGGGAUAAUUUUAGAAGUUAUUCUCGGCAAAAUUUGCUUUCAAGUAACUCUUGUAAAAGUAACGAAGAACUAAAUCAUCAAAUGCAACAACAACAUCAACAACAUUUGCACCAACAACAGAUCCAGCAGCAACAACAACAGCAACCAUUUUCAUUUUCUCAUGUAAAUAAUUCUUCUGCACCAUAUAAUUUGUCACCAAUUUCGUCCACAAAUAAUAUUAAUAUACAAAAUGAGUGUCGUCCAUUAUCUUCUGUUAGUGCAACAGCAGGUUUGACAUCAACAACCAAUUUAAGUCUAAAUGUACCCAACAGUAGCAACGCAAACGUGGCAGUGAUAAAUUCAAAUAAUCUAAAUCCUUUAAACCAUGAAAAUAAAUAUUUUCAUACAUUUCGAAAUGAAUUUAAUUCCAACAAUCAACAACAAACAACAACUUCUGCGUCGCCCGGACCAGCACAACCACUUAAUUUGACUUCAACAUCUACUACGUUAGGAAAUACUACAACAAAUCCCCAUUCAAGUUUGAAUGUUGAGUCUACUACUAAUUUACCAACUCAAGGUGAACCAAGCGGGUUAUCCGCCCCUUUCAAUAAUAAUAAUAUCAAUGGUAUUCAACACUUGGAGGUGAAUCAAGGAGGUUCGGCUAGCUCUAAUUUAUCUGUUGCUCAUUCAGACAACGUGAACGAAAAUGUUUUUGAUUUCAAUUCUGGGGUUAGCUCUCAUUAUAAUAACAACAACGUAAAUAUUAAUAACAAUAACAAUAUUAAUAACAAUAACAACAACAAUAAUGUAGCAAAUAUGGCUUCCAUUUUUGGAAGUCCUGAUUUUCGUAAUAUGAACUUUAAUUUUGGUUUACAUGAACCGAAAAAGAUUCCAAUGAAAGCUGCCUGUGCAACAUCCUCAAAAAGAUUAAGGCACACGUCGGUAGCCGAUAACAACAUUGUAAAUUCGAAUGAUAUUGGCUCUUAUGGGGAUACUACCAUCGGAAAUAAUUAUAGUAGUCAAAGCAAUCAUAAUAUUUUAAAUCAUAAUAAUGAACAUCAUAGAUAUGAAGAAAUGAGCGAAGGGGCGAUAGGUUUUGAUGAAACUUCAGAAGAAAUCAAAAGGAAUCUCUUAGUUAAUGCUCUAAAAAGUGACAAAUUUACUUCUAAGUUUUUUGAGUCCCUAAAGGAAGAUGUAUAUCGUCAAGCGUACGCUAUAAUUCAAGAAAAACAGUCUGAUCCGCAGUUUUUAAUUCAGCUAUUUGAAGAGAUAAAAGGUGCACCGGCGUAUGAUCCAUUGCGAAAUAUGCUGACUCAAUCAUUUCAUAAUUUGAAUCUCACAACGUUGAAUCAGCGUAAUUUUCAACAUCGCACUAAUAAUGACACAGAAUCUAACGAUGGAGAUAAUGAAAUGGAAAAUGAAGAAUCUUCUCCAGCGGUAACGUUGGCCGUAGCUGCUGCUGUUGCUUCUGCUGCAAAUGCUGGAAUUCCAAAUUAUUAUAAAGUUGAAGUUGUAAAUUCACCUCCUAAUACAACGAACCCUCAACUUCAUCCAAAAUAUGCUCAACAACCAAAUAUAUCAGCCGAUUGUCUUUAUCAAAGAAAUUCGGUGCCCAACCUUUCUAAUAACGAAAAUACCGAUUCUAAAUCACUAUUUCUUAACUCAAAAGACUAUAAAUUUCCUCAUGAUAAUAGUUUGCUAUUGUCAAAUAACGGCGUUCAACAAAAAAAUAAGUCGAACGAUUUAAGAAAUGAAAGAGCUGCUAAUCAACAAUAUUUAAUGCGAAAUUAUAUUGAGCCAAGAUAUUCAAAUGAAAUUCCCAAGAAACGCCCAGAAUCUCACAUAAUAAAUUACACAAUUUUUAAAAUUCGUAAGGAAAUCCAAAAACAACAAAUAGAUGAUGCAACGUUAUUGAAAAUUGUAAAAAUUACAAUUCAAACAUUAGAAGAUGCCAUAGCUAACCUACAACAACCAUCUCCAGUGUUAGCAGCCUCGUUGCGAUCUUUAUUAUACCGUAUAAAAUUAUCCACUAAAGAAAUUUUCACAAAGAUGAAAAAUUAUCAGAAUCAGGAGAAAGAUAAUUUUCUUGCAAAUUAUCAAAGUUAUUUAAACAAGCUGUUAAUUGAAGAUUCUAACAACAUUAAUUUAGCUAAACCAACUCGACAUUUUGGUGAAGUUGGCGACUUAGGAUUGUGGCGAACUGUUACCGAUAAUAAUCAAUCUCAAAAUAAAGGUAGUGUAAAUUUUAACAAUCAUACUCAAUGGAAUGAGGCUCAAAACUUGCCGAAACAAAGCGUUAGCUACAAAUCAAAUAUUUCUUCUGUUGUUGGCAAUGAAGCUAAAGUUAUGAAUAACUCAGAUAAUCAAAACACUGUUAACGAAAUAUUUUUAAAUCUAAAUCAACAGAAUGUUCAUACAAGUCAUCGUCAUCAGCAGAAUCAAUAUCAACCAAAUCAACAUGAUAUUGGUUCGCCUUGUACUAGUAGCAAUAACAUAAUGAAUGAAGAUUUAGCUGAAGCUGACCAAAUAUGUUCCUCAAAUAAUCAGGUUUCAACAGGGAAUCCAGAAAAAAAUGUAUCGGAAAACAAUAAUGAUAGGCAGCCAAGUAACCAUGGAUCUAACUCACCGUCUAUUGAUGAAAGUUGUGCUGGUGCUGUUGGGUAUAGUAACGCACAAAAUUCAAAUGAUGAAAGUGAAUUAAUUUGCAAUGAAAAAGAUGUAAUAAUGAAUGAAAAUUUAAAUAAUAUGGAAUCCGAAGAAACCAGACAUUACAAUGGUAAUGAUGUCGAUGAGGAUUCAGAAAACAAUAUUAUAGAUUGUUGUGAUAACGAUAAAGUUGAGAAUGAUCAAGACUUUAAAGGAGCUUCUUCAAUGGUUCUGAUGAAGGACUCGAUAAAUAUUUCAAAGACGAAAGAUGGAAAAAUUUUUAAAACCGUGAAUCCUUCACAAGUCCGGUCAAAACGUUCAAAGCACAAUCGUAAAUCGACUUUAGAAGUUAAUGAAAAUCUUAAUGAAUUUAGUGAAAUCACUCCAAACAACCCUGAAGAGAUUUCUACUGAUAUUUAUCCUAGUAAUAACAAAUCAAAUAAUAUUAUAAAUUCUGGUAGUAUUAACACUAAUAAUAUAACACCAGCAGAGACAGGAAAUAGUGUUAUUGUUACGAGUAGCAGUAAUGCUACUAACAAUGCAUGUGCCUAUAUUUUUCCAAUGGCUACUGAAUCAGAUUCAAUGAUUAACAAUAACUUAGAUAGCGGAUAUCAAUCCUUUCCUCAGCCAGAUAGUAGUAGUAGUUUGUCAAAUUCACAUACAGAAUCAGUUGAAUCAAAUGGGAGUUCAAUUGAAAUGGCAACAAAUAAUUCAAAUUCUGCCAAAAGAAAUAGUGUGCCGUAGAUACCAGAAUUUAUAGAACUCAAAUAUAGAACAUUUUGCAGAAGUACCCAUUAAAAUUUUUGAACAGCUUUUAUUUUUUUUUUAUUUUCAUUUCGGCAUUAAGGAUUUUUUGAAUAAAUGAAAGAUAUUUGGCUGUUGUCGCUUUUGAGCUUUUACAAUGUGAAUAAAAAAGACAAUUUCAUAAAGAAGUAUUCAUUACAAAAUUAAAAUUCAAAAAUAAAUUCUAUUAUGUAUGUAUUUCUUUAAUCAUUGUAAUUGUGUUAAAAUAAACAAAUAAAUAAAAAAUUAUAUAACUACA